CCUUCAUGCACCGCGGCUCCGCUCAGUCCAGCUGCGGUUCGGACGGAAACAACUCGACACAAAUGUCUCCGGUUUUAACAGCACCGCGGCUCUAAACGGGACCCGAGCAGCGGAACCUGUCGCGCCGGUAACCCCGUUCACGGUGGAUGCCGCUAACGGCGCGGAAGUCUUACCGGAGGAGGAGAAAAAACCCGGAUGAGAAGGUCUCGGAGCGACUCCGGGAGUCUUCUGCUCAGGUGAUGGCGCCCACGCGGAUGAAGCUGCGCGUCCGUCGCCGUGACAACGCGGCUGCCGCAGGUGAAGAAGAGCGGACGAGGGAGAGCAGCAGCAGUCGGAGGAAGAACACCAGCAAAACCACGACUGCAGCCGCCGCCACCGCAGCGUCUCCUCCCGCCUCCUCCGCCUCGGCGUCACGGACGGUGAUGGCAGCGGAGGAGGCGUCGCCCGACUCCAAGUGUCCGAUCUGCCUGGACCGCUUCAACAACCUGGCGUACCUGGACCGCUGCCUGCACCGCUUCUGCUUUCCCUGCAUCCAGGAGUGGUCGCACAACAAGGCCGAGUGUCCGCUCUGCAAGCAGCCCUUCGCCUCCAUCCUGCACUCGGUGCGCGCCGAGGACGACUUCAAGGAGUACACGCUGCGGCCGGCGCCCGCCAACAGCAGCGUCGCCGCCACCGUGGCCAUGGUGGCAGCAAUGGCUUCGGCAGCGAGGAGCGACCACCAGAUGAGGCUGAUGCUGAGGAGGCACCGGGUGGCGGACGGAGGAGAGACGACGGCGAGGAGGCGGCGGAGGGAGAGGGGGGGCCGCGGGGGAGGCCGGAGGGGGGAGGAGAGAGCGGGGGGAGUGUGGGAGUGGUACCUUGACUCGCCUCCUCUUCCUCUCCCCUCCCUCCCUCCUCUUCCUCAGCAUCCCGACGCCACCGAGGACAGCGAGGAUGGAGACGAGCCAGAGGAGCGGCAGCUGAGGGGCGGGGCAGACCUGGCGGAACGCGGCGUCAUAUUCGAGGGUCUGACGGGCCUCAGGGGGGCGGUGGACCCGGCAGCGCCCAACAACCGGACGUCGCGGCGGCUGUUGACCCGUCUGGCGGCGAGGCAGCGGCUUCAGCGGGAAGGCGGAACUGUGCGGCGGCUGCGGGAGAGAGAGAUGGUGGUCUUCCGCCGCGCCCUCUACCGCUGCGGCAUACGAGUCAGUGGAGUGGCAGGUAACCAGGGGCAACAGCAGCAGCGUGACAUCACAGCAGAGAGCUUCCGUCGGAACCCCGCCCACCUGAACAGACUCCGCCCCUGGCUGCGGCGGGAGCUCACGGUGCUGUACGGAGCGCACAUCUCUCUGGUGGACAUCGUCCAGCGCUUCGUCAUGGCCCAGCUGGCCCACUACGGCCUGGAGGACACGCAUACCAUAGAACAAGAGCUGCGGCCCUUCCUGUCGGAGCGCGCCGAGCACUUCCUUCACGAGCUGGUCAGCUUCGCCCGCUCGCCGCUCAGCCUGGACAACUAUGACCUGCAGGCGACGUACGACCUGCAGGCAUUGUACGAGCUGCCGGUCACCGUCCUGCAGGUGGACGGGAUGAGCAGCUCCUCGGACAGCAGCUCCGUCAUCGCCAUAUCGGAGGGCGAGGAGGGGGGCGGAGCCAACGACGACGUCAUCCAGACAGGAGGCUGCCUGAGCCUGUCGGGAUGGGACGAUGAGACGCCGGGCCCCUCCUACUCCACCGCUGAACCCUCUUGUUCGCUGUCGUUUAGCCCUGCUCCUCAGGAGCCGACCAAUGAGGAGGGAGGAGAGAAGCGGGCGGAGGAAGGGGAGGAGGAGUGUCUGAUCGUCGGCUACAAGAAGCCGAUUGCAGAACGAACUCCAGAGCUGGUGCAGCUGUCGUCUGACACCGAGGAGGAGAAAAAGGAGGAGGAGGAGCCGGAGAAACCUCCCCCGCUCCCCUCCACCGCUCCUCCCCCUUAUUUACCCACAAUCCCUCCCUCCACGUCCGGCAUCUUCAGGGAUGAGCCGGACGACGGCGAGAAGGAUGGUGAGGCAGGGCCGCGGCGCUCAUGUGCACACUCGUGGUCGGGAAGCAGCAGGAACUCGGUGUGCACGUUGAGCCCGGCGACGCCCGAAGAUGGCAAGCGGCGGCUGGAGCGAGUGAGCUGGAGAGACGGGAAGCAGCCUGGCGGUGAGGAGAUGAGGGAGAAGAGAAGGAGGAAGAGGAGGAGGAGAGGCCGGGAAAGGAAGAGCGGCACGCUGUACAACCCCAACCGCUCCAUCUACCCCGCCAUGAUGCGCCGCCGCUCACGCUCCCCCUCGCCGUUCCACUCCAGCGCCGAGUCCGGCUCGCCGCCCGACUCCAGCUGGGAGUACCGCUGUUCCCAAGUGUCCCCCCUCACCUCCUCCAUCUCCUCGCCCUCCUGCUCCUCGUCCUCAUCGCCGUUCUGCUCCUCGCCUCCGCCGCCGCUGCCUCAGACCCCGCCUUCGCUGUCGCCCAGCAGCAGCACCCACCACGGGGAGAAACCCGGCGGCAAGAGGAAGUACAAGAGCCGGCACCUGGACAGCGACGUGAAGGAUCCGACGUGGAGGCCGAGCAGCAGCCAUCAGCGAGAGAAGAGGAGGGAGAAGGAGAGGAGGAGGAGGAGGAGGAGGGAGAGGAAGAGCAGCAGCAGGAGGUCCAGAGAAGACCGGAGUCCCAGCGUGGAGAUCAUCUACGAGGGAACCGUCACGUCGGACACAGCGCAGCCUCGAGCCACCAAACGCCGCCGGAGACGCCACCGCAGGCCACAGCCGGGCAGCUCUCCGGUCAUCAUCACGCUGGACAGCGACAGCAGCCACGAAGACGGCAACAACAAGACCUGCAGCAGCAGCAGUCCGCUCAGCAGCCAGCAGACUGUCGACUUCUCCGACCUUCCUCCUCUGUCAUUAGUGCACUCGACCGGAGUGGGCGGGGCUUUGGAUGCCGAGAUCGGCGAACUUCCUGUCGACAUCCUGGAUCGAGGAUCCGACUGCUCAGUGAGCGAAUCCAAGGGUCCCAUCGCCAUCGACAACAGCGAUGGUGACGUGGACGUGGAGAACGUGGAGGAGGGCGGGGCUCCAGCAGUAAACACACAUGACGAUCAGCCAAUAGGAGAGAAAGCCUCGCCCUCCGACCGCCACCUGCUCGCCACCAUCCUGGACGACCUAAACGGGAUCUCAGCACCAAAACCAAACCGUCCGUUGAACUCAGAGGCCGGCUGGUCGGCUGAGGAGCAGAGCCAGGGCAUCUCCAUUCCCUCACCGCCUCCUCUGAAACACCCAAAGGAGUGCCGAGUCCAAGAGGAGACCCGGGACGUCCCCCCGCUGCUCCGACAGGCCGGUCCAGUCCAAUCGUACAACCGCAACACUCCACCGCCACUCAAACACAAAGACGCCGGGAGUCCUCGCCGCUCCCCCGCUGACCUCCAUCACGAUCCCGUCGUCCCUCCGGUUCUAGCCGGUUCCAAUCCCAUCGACUCCCGUUUGGCCGCUGAGCCGCCGAGCGACGAACAAACCAUCCCGCCCAUUUCCACACUGAGGAGGCACCUGACGAGUGUUUUGGCUCCAUCGGUCCAUUCCACGCCUCCUUCUUUUGAAACGAGCCCCUUAAGGCAUCCGGAGUUGGGCUCCUUCCAUCCUGCAGCGUUACAUUCCAGCGCCGAGGAAACACCUGUGCCCGUCAACUCGCAUCCUGUGAAUUCUUCCACUGAUUUCCGUUCACUCAACAGCUGGUCCAAAGAGGAGCCGGCUCACACGGACUCUACCUCCAGGAAUAAGACUGUCGGCCUCCAUCCUCUGCCGGCAGGUUCUGGUGUUUUCUCAGGAGUCAACGACACGUCGCCUCCCGCUCCAGUUUCGUCUGUCAAUUCCAGGACUCCUUCCGCUGAGCUUCACUCCGGGAGUCCAGAAUCCACGACGGACCUUCGAUGUUCCGCUUCAGACGGACCGAAGCCGGUGCCGGAAAGUCGUCCUCAUCCGGCUAGCUUGAAUUCCUCUUGUUUUGCUGGACACUUGAACCGCACGGCCUUACCCACUGCCAACUUCACCACAUCUCAGUCCACCGCCAAACCUCAGAACCACGUCGACCCUCAGUUUCCCGUCAAACUCUCUCAGAUCCACACCGACAAUCACAUCGACUCCGCUGAGAACCAGCACAACGCCGACGCCCGAUUGGACUCUCAGUCGUCCGAACGCUCGGACGGCGGCGCCACGUAGGACACGCCAACAUGUCUGCAAGGACAAAUUUAAACGUUUGCGAUGACUUUGUGGAGAAAAUAUGAGGAAAUAAUUGUUUGUUUUUCCUGUUUUCUUUGUUUAUGAUUAAAAUUGAACCCAUUUAUGUUCAUUUCAUCAUCACUGUUGGAAGAAUAAUUUUCAAACCAGACCGGGACGUACGAGUCGAUUCUUUGGAUUUAAGUUUAAAAUGUUUAGGAUUUUUAUCACUUUAGUGAGACGUUUUGUUUGCAGCAGGAAGAAGUUUGUUAAAAAAUGUUGAUUUCAUGAUGAUUAUUGGUCACUGAAGGUCCGAGAACAAUUAAGACCGACGUUAAAGGACGAUUCUGUCACGUAGCCGGAGAGAAAAGAGAAAUUAUGCUAUUAAUGAUUCGAUCUUCUGGAGAAAUGAGAUUGAAGGUUUUAAUAAAUGGCGUUGAGCUACACUUUGACUCGGUCUGGUUGUAAACGUUGAUCUGUACGAAGAAACGCUGAAUAAAAGUUUGGUCAGAAAGUGAGUUUUGGUCCAAUAAAGUGAUUCUAGUUCGGG